AUGUUGAGAUGUUUUUUUUGCGCCCUGCUACCCUUGGCCCAUGGAGGUGACAUCUGCCGGGAGGAGGACUUCCAGCUUCGAGUGCAGCAUGCGCUGCUGGGAGCGUUGCUGGGAGAUAGCUUCGCCUGGAACCGAGGUGAGGUGAGCCUGGAUCAGCUGGCAGUGGCUGAAGAAGAGGAGCAUAGCAGUCACGGCUUAGAACUGAUGCAGGCGCUGCGGGUGGUCUCGGUAGAAGGCUUUGAGUUCAAACGUUUCUCUGACGCCUGGAGGAAUUGGGCGGAUUACGUCCAAGAAGCCGAACCAGAUCGAGGUUGGAGCCCAGCAGCCGUGGAGGCGUUGAGUCAGUUGCGUGAAGGGGCACCUCCCGAGGCGGCUGCUGGACACUAUGUAGACUUUGGCGCCAUCGCACGGCUGCCGGCCUUGCUCCUCCUCGCCGAGCACGCGGACGAGAACGGCCUGGUGAUGGCCUCGCAGGAGAUGCAACGCGUGACGCACGAGAAUCCAAAGGUUCUUCAAGCGGGUGAAUUCUUCCUGCGUGCUGCCCUACACUUGUUGCGUACGCCCAGCAUCGCCUGCACCGCCGACGGCGUUGCGGAGCGCCGCGCGGCGAUGCUGGCGGCGCUGCGGGAGGCGGCGCGCUGCGGGGAACACUUCAGCGGCUUGGUGGAUGAGGUCCUUGCGGAGGUCAGCAGCCGCGCCUCGUUGCUGUCCGUCACCGGCGAAGCGUUUCUCACCGGGACCUUGGCGGCGAUGCAUUCGGACCACGAGGUGAUCGGCCGCUUAACAUCCAGCGGCUUUGCGCCGGGGGAUGAGGUGCAGAGUGAGAAGACCUCCUUUGCCAUCCCUGCCAUCCUGUGGUUUGUCCUCGCCUACGACGCGUUGCCCGAAGCCCUCGCUGCCAGCAGCGCGCUGGGCGGCGCCGCAGCGCCGCGGGGCCUCGUCGUGGCGCUGCUGUUGGCCUGUCAUGAUGGGGUGGGCGAGCUCUUUGCGGACGCGCGGAUCCAGCGCCUGCCCCUCUCCUUCAAACCGCUGCUGGGCGCGCCGGUGUUGCGGCUGUGCUCAAAGCCAGGCAGCUGCCACGAGUCCGGCCGCGCGCGUUUGACCAACGGCGUCCGCGUCGAUGCAGCGAUGCUGCCGGAGCAUUCGACCGGCUGCGCGAACCGCUAUUGUUAUCGUAUCUUCAUGCGCUUCGAUGCCAGUCACUUGUUUGACCAUCCGAAUCAGCCUCCGCCGGUCGAUUGGAAUGAGGAAGAAGAUGGCCCCUGGAUGCCUCCCGAGACAUCUGCCAGCUGCUUAGCGCGCUAUUUUCAGUUUUCCACGGCCAGCGGCCGGCACGCGCCCUUCGGCUUGUGGCCGGCCAAUGCGAUGUGUCAAUUUUCCCGCGACGUCCUGGUCUGGCACGACUCCUUUGAGGUGUCAGUCCCUGAGCCCUUGUCCGGCCUGAUUGGUGGCGCAGUUCUAAAAGCAGGCCAUCGUCGCGUGGACGUGAAGUUACCCAGUCUCUCGAUGGAGCCAAAGCGCCCUGACUGGGCUGAGCGUUGCACGCACGUGGGUCGGGUGAAACUGCCCCCCGCGGAGUGGAGCUUCCAGGAGUCCGACGCGCGCGGAAGUCACUUCGGGCAGCGCAUGCUGGAGCUGUAA